GAGUCAGCAACAAAUAAGGAGAUAGAGCAAUAAUAAUGCUAAGUUUAUCUUGUUUCCUCCACUCCCUUUUCUCCCUGGGUUACUAAGGCUUGGAACAAUAACAGGAUGCCGGGAUGCAGGAUGGGAAAGGCUGAGUCCCAGCUGGAAAACCUUGGAGACUGGAGAGCUGAACACUCCCAGUAUUGCUUCACAAAAAGAGAAGUGGAUUUUUCUAUUUGAUUUUCAAUUUUUGUAUUCUGCUUAACAUUUUGGGAUUCUGUUGGGUUCAGUUUGCCUGAUUUGGUACCAGAAUGAAGCUCGGCCACCUCGGACUCGGGCUACAGAAGAAGAUGAGCCACCUUAUUCUACUUUUCUCGUUGUUCUUGGCCCCAGCAUUUGCUGAUGGAAGAAGUCAGAAAUCAACCGAAAACCUUUGUUCAAAUGAUGUCAGCCACAAACGCCAGAAGAGAGACUGGAUAUGGAACCAAUUGCACAUCCAAGAAGAGCUUGAUACACCUCUGCCACACCAUGUUGGCAAGAUCACAUCCAGCGUGAGGAACAAGAACGCCAAGUACAUCAUCGAGGGCGAAUUCGCCAACACCAUCUUCAAGGUGGAGGAGACCAGCGGGGACGUCUAUGCCUUCGAGAGGCUGGACAGGGAGAAGAAGGCAGAGUAUGAGCUGACAGCCCUCAUCAUCGACAGGACAAACAACAGGUCCCUGGAGCGCCCCUCCAGGUUCAUCAUCAAGGUGUAUGACAUCAACGACAACGCCCCCGUGUUCGUACACAAGGUGUUCAAUGGCUCCGUCCCAGAAAUGUCACCAGUGGGAACCUCAGUCACCAAGGUGACAGCUGUGGAUGCUGAUGACCCCACAGUGUCAGGUCAUGCCACCGUGACCUACGAAGUCACCACAGGAGGGGAAUAUUUCACCAUCGAUGACUCUGGUGUGAUUUAUACAAAAGAGCCUAACUUAGACAGAGAGACCAAGUCCACGUACGAGAUUGUUGUUCAAGCCAAAGAUGCUCCGGGUUUCUCUGGGGAUUCCAGCACAGCCACGGUGAUCAUCGCUCUGUCCGACAUCAAUGACAACUCCCCAGAGUUCAAACACUCAUCAUUUCACUUUAAAGUUCCUGAAAACGUUUCAGUAGGAGGAGAAGUUGGCAGAGUCAAAGUAGAAGAUAUUGAUGAACCACAGCACAGAAAUACAAGAUACAGCUUUAUCCAAGGAGAGUUCAGGGACACCUUUGACAUUGUAGCAAAUCCAUACACAAAUGAAGGAAUCAUUAGGCCAAAGAAGCCCCUGGACUUCGAAGCAGUGUCAGAAUACAGGUUUAGCAUCGAGGCCACAGACCCCACCGUGAACCUGCGGCACUUCAAGCCCGGCAAUCCCCGGAGCAUCGCGAGCGUCGUCAUCGAGGUCACGGAUGUGGAUGAGCCUCCUGUCUUCAGGAGACUCCCCUACGAGUUCAAGGUGAGGGAAAACCAUGUCGAGGUGAAAACUCUCGGCUCGGUUCACGCCGAGGACCCCGACGCAGCUAAACGGAAAAUCAGAUAUAUUCAGCGUAGAGCAAAUCCUAAUGGAGACUACGUCAGGGUAUCCAAUAACGGAGUUAUUCAACUUCCCAAGCCUCUGGACAGAGAAUUCAGCUCCUCAUACAACAUCACUGUGGCAGCUGUGGAGAUCCUUGAAGAUGGCCGGCUUUCCGACAGAGAGUCCCACGCCCACGUGCACGUCAUCGUGGAUGAUGUCAAUGACAAUGCUCCAGAGCUGGUUUCUCCUGAGGAGCCCCGAGUGUGUGAAAAUGCUGCACCUGGAAAGGUGAUUGUCAGGAUUUCAGCUGUUGACAAGGAUGAAACAUCUCCCAGAGGCUUCUUCAGAUACUCGCUGGCCACAGAAGACAGCAACUUCUCCCUGAUUGAGAACUACGACAACACAGCUAACAUCACUGUCAAAUAUGGGCAGUUCAAUCGGGAACUUGUCAAAUUCCACUACCUGCCUGUCCUCAUCUCAGACAAUGGUGACCCUGACCUCACCAGCACAAACACUCUGCUCAUCAGUGUCUGCAAGUGCAAUGAGAAAGGCAAUUUCACCUUCUGUGAGGAGAGGGCAAAGCAGGUUGGCGUCAGCAUACAAGCACUGGUGGCAAUUUUUAUCUGCAUCUUCACAAUCAUUGUGAUUGUGUUGCUGAUUCUGCUGAGAAGGAGGCACAAGAAGGACCUGAGUGGGCUGGGGAGGAGCGUGGCAGAGAUCCACGAGCAGCUGGUGACCUACGACGAGGAAGGCGGUGGCGAGAUGGACACCACCAGCUACGACGUGUCCGUGCUCAACUCCGUCCGCAAGAAUGGCCUCAAGGCAGAGCCCACUCCCUCUCCCUAUGCACAGGUCCAGAAACCUCCUGGGAACAUCACCCCUGGAGCUGGGGGCAUGGAGAUGAUGAUUGAGGUGAAGAAGGAUGAGGCUGACAACGACAGAGAUUUGCUGCCCUACGACACCCUGCACAUCUACGGCUACGAAGGCGCCGAGUCCAUCGCGGAGUCCCUCAGCUCUCUGGGCUCGGGCUCCUCAGACUCAGACAUUGACUAUGACUUUCUCAAUGACUGGGGACCCAGGUUCAAGAUGUUAGCUGAGCUGUAUGGAUCAGAACCAAGUGAAGAUUUUGUGUAUUAAGCUCAAACUAGCCAUGAGUUUUCUCCCUCCCACUACAGAUUGACACCAAGAGACUGCCAGUGGCCAAAGAGGAACUCACAGCUCUUCCCUCAAGGAUUUCAAAUAGGCAUGGAAAAAACCUGCAGUAGGGUUAAAAAGACAUACAGAGAUCACCUAUAUUAACUUCCCCCAGCACUACUGUCCUCGCUAACAAUCAUUUUUUGCCCCAAAAUUCCUGUUCACUGAUCUGCUCAAGUCUUCCAGAACACACCUCCUCACCCUCUCUUCCCCACUUCUCCAGGUUUUGUCCCCAGUUUCUCCCUCAAUCCUCUCCUCCUGUGCUGUUUGCAUCCACAUGCAUCCAAGGUCACCCUCUGCUGGGAGAGAGAGGCUCAGUUGCAUUGGGAAGGGAUGUUUUAGCCCCCUGGAUCUCCAGCUGGCUGCUUUGCCUGCCCCUACUGCAACAUCUUUAUUGAUAUUCCACACUUAUGCUCACCCAGCAGAAGAGAGGAGGAACAUAUGGUCUAUCACUUAGUAUUAGAAAUUAUUCCAUCAUUUUCAAAAAGAAGCAUUAUUUUUUCCUUAUUUUCCCUUCUAUUAAUUAUUUUUGCUUUAUAGUUUUCUACUACAUCUAUGAGUUACUCAAGAUAAAAUUAGACAGGAUUUUUAGACACACAAUCUGGUUUCAUCUGUCAUUUUUAACAGCCUGAUGACAAUUUCAGGCACAUUUCUGGCAUGCUAGAAUUUGCUCCAGCUAGCAGCAAAAUUGUUUUUUCUCUCUGUAAAUAGAAUCUCAGUGUUACUCAAUGGAACAUGUCCUGUAGGGCAGGAAAUGUGGAGAUCAGGGGAAUGUCAAGACUCCAACACUGUAAAUCUCUCUAGAUGGAAAUACAGGUCUCUCUAGAUUUCUAAAGAGGUUGAAUAGGGGGUUUAUUCAGCAUUAUUAAAGCAAUAGCAUUUUUUCAGGGACAAAAAAUGAAGGGCCUCAUUACUGUGAAACUGUUGUGCUUUUUUUCUAAGCAGGUACUGUAAAAGGAGUUUUUUCCACCUAGGAAAAUACUGUAGAUUCCCAUACCAGAAUGCUACACACCCACACAUUGGGCUGCUUAAAAGCACCACAAAUGUAAGGCAGGUUUGGAGCUGCAGCCACCACAUUUCUGGAAAGGGACUGUGCUCAGACUCCCACCUGUGAAGAGCCACAGAAUGACCAGAAUGAAACUUCCCACACUGGAAGGGACCCAGCCAAAACCUUUUGGGAAAAGUGGGUCCCUUGGGACCAUGGCCUGUCUCUGGCUUCCAGCAGUGCAGAGUCCUGUUGCCUCCAACAGGAACAGAGCCCUACUACACAGAUCCUCCACUGUGCAGGGUCUGUGCUGGAGCUGUAUGUAUUAGUUUAGUUGAUUUGAUUAUUUAAAUCUGGUAGCUAACCAAAUAAUAUUAAAUCUUUUUUUUUUUUUUCUUUCUUAAACAAGUAUAGUGGAACCUCGCAAAUUUGUUUUUACUUGUUCACAUCAUCUACAGUUCACACUCCCUUCCCCUGAAAUGUUUUCUUGGCAGGAAAUCACAAUGCACAAUCAUGGUCUCACACUGCUCCUCACUGCUGUAAGAAGUCCAGUGCAAUACUUGGCUGGACAUUAAUACAACAUCAACAAUGAAAUCACUCAAAUUUUCAAAUAUGAACUGAAGGAAAACUGAGAGAAUUCUGUCCAUUGGGCAAAUCAGCCUUAGAACCUAUCCUUUGUUUUUAAAAAGUACAUUUUGGGGUGACAGCCUUGGUUUUCUUGUGAAUUGGCUCAUUGUGUUUUGCUUAAUCCAGCCAGCAGUAUGUGCUCUAGGGGUUCCACAUAUUUGUGUAUUAUAAAGAAUGCUAACUAAUAACACUUACAGUUUAAGGGUUUUGUCAGUACCUGUGGUAUUGGCUAUCGGCAGGUAAAGUUAGUUAGGAAAUUAUUUAGUGCAGUAAGUCAAGUACUUUGGUAGGUAUCAGCCAGAUUCUAUUACCUGGAAUUGCUGGUUUUAAGCCUGAUUUUUUAAAAGUUAUUUUAAGGAACACUGUAUCCAUUUCCAAUGUAUAUGAUGUUUGCACUGGAAGGUUUCUUUUUAUACUCCUGUACUGUAUUAUGUUGUUUUUUUACUACAUAAAAGCCAGUCUCAAAUUUGGAUUUUCUGUGCAUUAACGAGUCCCACUCAGCAGACAACAUCAGGCUUUGUGCCACAGUGAGCCCAGCCAUAAAAACCCUCCAAGGGAGCCCAGCCUAGGCACCAACUCACCCAAGCCAAUCCGUGCAGAACCUGUGCAGAACCCGUGCAGAACCUGAACCUGUGCAGAACCUGAACCUGUACAGAACCUGUGCAGAACCUGUGCAGAACCUGUGCAGAACCUGUACAGAACCUGAACCUGUGCAGAACCUGAACCUGUGCAGAACCUGUGCAGAACCUGAACCUGUGCAGAACCUGUGCAGAACGUGAACCUGUACAGAACACCCUGGAAUAUGGAACCCUCCAGCUUCCUCAGGACUGGCACAGGACAGACACAGCAAAACACAUCAGUGCCAGAAAAUAAAAUCACCCCUAAAUUUGCAGCUUUAGGCAGCACCUUCUCUUUUUGCUGCUGCUAAUGACUACCCCAGUAUAUUCCCAAGAUUAAUCUAGGGCUUUACAAAAGAUCACAUCCAUUUUCCCCAGAUAUGGCACUUAUAAUUUACAGAGCCCGGAAUAAAGCAAAAAAAGUUCAAUUCCUUCACUGCUAAUUGCCAUGAGCAAA